GGGUCCUCUUCCCAUCAUCCCCAGCCAGAUUUAGCUGCUGACAGCUGUUUGGACUCUGCUGCCAGGCCCUGGCUCAGACGCUGCCUCUCCUCUCUCAGUGACUCCUGAGCCACAGCCCCUCCAUGGCCCAGAAAGAAGAGGCCGCCGCGGCCGCUGAGCCUGCCUCCCAGAAUGGGGAGGAUCUGGAGAACCUGGAAGACCCUGAGAAGCUGAAGGAGCUGAUUGAGUUGCCGCCCUUCGAGAUCGUCACAGGAGAGAGGCUUCCUGCUAAUUUCUUUAAGUUUCAGUUCCGGAAUGUGGAAUACAGUUCUGGGCGGAACAAGACCUUCCUCUGCUAUGUGGUUGAAGCGCAGGCAAAGGGAGGCCAAGUGCAGGCGACCCGGGGAUACCUAGAGGAUGAGCAUGCAGCCGCCCAUGCAGAAGAAGCUUUCUUCAACACCAUCCUGCCAGCUUUUGACCCAGCCCUGCGGUACAAUGUCACCUGGUACGUGUCCUCCAGUCCCUGUGCAGCCUGUGCUGACCGCAUUAUCAAAACCCUUAGCAAGACCAAAAACCUGCGUCUGCUCAUACUGGUGGGUCGACUCUUCAUGUGGGAGGAGCCAGAGAUCCAGGCUGCUCUGAGGAAGAUGAGAGAGGCUGGCUGCAAACUGCGCAUCAUGAAGCCCCAGGACUUCGAGUACAUCUGGCAGAAUUUUGUGGAGCAAGAAGAGGGUGAAUCUAAGGCCUUUGAGCCCUGGGAGGACAUUCAGGAGAACUUCCUAUACUAUGAGGAGAAGCUGGCAGAUAUCCUGAAGUAGGCAACUGCACUCAGCCUCACGUCUGCCUGCUGCCACCAAGAGAUAGCAGUACAUGUAUGGCCAUCGGGGACAUGCUUGUCUUUCUCAUACCACUUGGAGCUGGACAACAUUCAACACCAACCAAUCCUACUAAACGAUGCUUUCAAAGAACUCAAACUAUACUUCUCAUGUUGUAAUUCAGUUGGGCUGUGCCUCUCUCUAAGGCUGCUUGCUCUUAGGAAACAGCCAAGUGAGCUGCAAGGAGAGAAAUGUAACCAUAUAUACAUCUGUGGGGCUGACAGUCCUCAUUACUCCCUAAAAGGACUGCUCAAGAGAAAGACCCUUAGAUCCCAGGUACAGCUUUUGAAACAUGUCCAAAACUCUAUUUUAUGGUAAGUUGAUUUGUCCUUUUUUAAAGAAAAACAGCAAUAUUAAUAAAAGAA